AAUAAUUCCAGGAAGCAGCGCCUUUACGCAUGGAUAAUCCGCAGCGCGCGAGCUCAGCCUCCAUUUUAUGAGCCAGACAGAAAACUGCUUUCGGUUUCAAAACACACUUCAUAACGCUUCCUUCUGUACGAUAAUAACCGCUGCUCUAUUACAACUCUCCGGGGUGAUCCGAAAUGCAGCCUGAAUCGCAGAGCUAACCGAACCGAACCGAACCAUCAUGAGUUUUUAGUCAAGCUUGAUUAAGAGCAAUGAGAAAGUGCAGCCCUUGGAUGUUUCUUCCUGUUAUGUUUUCAUUCUUCACAUCAGCAGGCUUAUGGGUUGUCUAUUUUAUAGCAGUGGAGGAUGACAAAAUCACACCACUGAACUCUCAAUAUAACAGAUCUGUUUCAAAGUCUCCCCCAUAUAUAAGCAUUGCAGGCGAUGCUCCACCGGCCAGCUGUGUUUUUAGUCAGGUCAUGAACAUGGCAGCUUUUGUGGGUUUCAUCCUCGGGGUCCUCAGAUACUUGCAACUGAAGCCAAGAGUGCGUAAACCCUGGCUCAACAUCAUCAGUUUGGUAGCUUUCUCCCUAGCCUGCUUUGGUUUGACCUUGGUUGGGAAUUUCCAGUUGUCAAAUGAUAAGGAACUCCACAAUAUUGGGACAUACAUGACCUUCUGCUUGGGCACGUUGUUUUGUUGGGUCCAGUCAUACAUGACUCUGAAGGUCAACUUGAGGAAUGAAGGCAGACGAGCUGGUAUACCUCGCUUCCUGCUGUCUGGAGCAGUCACUUUCUGCAUGCUGCUUUAUUUCACUCUAUUGGCCCAGCGUCUGCACAUGUACGCUGCUCGGGCGCAGUGGGCGCUGGCUAUGUUCUUCUUGGCCUUCCUGGGCACAUUUGCUAUCGAGUUCCGUCACCACCACUUCGAAAUCGUGUGCAGCGAUGACCAAGAGCCUCCAGUGAGCCUGUCAGAGACCUUCUCGGAGGUUUCCGAGUACCAAUCAGACCAGCUGUAGUACUCUUCCGGUUCUGUAGCAGAAUUACUACAAACUUCCAUCACAUACUCAAUUCAAUAAUACUAAUAAUGCAUGUCUGUUAAAUGUCUCUCUGGAGUUGGUCUGUGUGUGCAGAAGUGUGUUGCUUUCUCAAUAAGGUGGACGACAACAACAACAAAAAAGAGAAGCACAAACAGAGCCAGAGCAAGUUUUUGUAUUGCAAGUGCCAUGAGGUGUUUUACACGGAAAGUGUGUAUAGCUACUGUAGAUACAUGUUAUUAGACAAUAGACGACAUUUGUAUCACUCUGAAAGCUAAAUAUGCGUCGAUUCAAAAAGUAGGUCCACGUCUGAAGUUUUGUUAUGAGUACAGUUUUAAAAAAUUAGUACUUUGCACAUUUUUAUAUCGAGAUCAAAAGAAAUAAAGUAAAAAUU